UUACAUGUUUUGACUUUUUAUUUCAAAAUUUUGAAAUUUAAAUCAGUUAUGGAUACUAACGAAGAUAUCUUCAGUAUUCGAAGUCGGUGUCAUUUGGACUUGGGAGUUAUUCUUGUACUCCCAAAUGCAUUGCUGGAUGCAUUUUUGAUCAUGUGGAUUUUCACUUCUCUUUCAAAGACGCUUACACAGCUACAGGCAAAGAGGAGUUCUGUUAAGUUUGAUACAUACAGGAAGUUCUCAAAUGCAUUACUGAUCACAGUUGUUCUUUCAGUUGUUUGGAUCGGAUAUGAGGUGUAUUUCAAAGCGACGGAUCCUUUCAAUGAGAGGUGGCAAAGUGGGUGGAUUAUCACCUCAUUUUGGGACAUUCUUGCAUUUGCAUUGCUCUGUGUCAUCUGCUAUCUGUGGACACCGUCACAGAGUUCUCAAAGAUACGCAUAUUCAGAAGAGAAGGGUGAAGAUUCUGAUGAACAAACCGAAGCACUUAACAGUGGAUCCCCCAAAGGUGACAUCAGCUUAGUCAAGCAGGAACGACGAGAGAAAAACGGUCAAAACACGGAUGAGUUUGACCUAGACGACGAUGAUGAUGCAGAACGCAAGAGAGAAUAGUCCCCUGAAUUGUAGUCAUUUGUUGUAAACAAAAGCACAACCAUUGCCAGCUUCUGUACAGAUUUUAUCCCAAAAAAAAACAAGGAAGCAACCUACUUUGGACA